AUAUGGUGGUCGAGGGUCAUAUGAUGAUUUUAGCCCAGGCUGAAGAGCUGUAAUCUCAGCUGAAUCAUCCUCCUCACCACCCUCUCGGCGGAAAGUUAUUUCACUCCUGUUGGGCACCCUCUGCGAGCACACCACCAACCAUUCGGCGCAAUGUCUUACGGAUCCAUCGAUGGAAGCUCCUUUGGCAGCCGGAAUCCGUUUGGACGUCCUACGAGACAGGGCUACCAGCCAGUAGCCACACAGGUCAGCUCCUCAGAACUGCAAGAUGUGUUUCAAGAGACCUCCUCCAACAUCUUCCAGAUCAAUGCCAAUGUUGUCACACUGGAGAAGAGUCUUCAGUCACUGGGAACAUCAAAAGACACCACAGAGCUGCGACAGAUUCUACACUCCACACAGCAGCAAACCAACAAAGUCAUCACCAGCACGAGUCAGCUGAUCAAACAGCUCUCUGAUAUCAUCAGUGGCUCUUCACGGCAAGACUGCCUGCGUCUGACCAGACUAAAGAGUGAACUGUCAGAGUCUGUGCAGCGGUAUGGAGAGCUGCAGAAGAAAAUUGCAGAACGCUCAAGAGCCUUGCUUCCUCCUCCGCAGACAGAAAAGAAGAAGAGCCUGCAGACUCCCUCUAGUGAUCAGAUCGAGGAGGGUCCAAUGUUUGGCGAAGCAGCAGGGUCUGUGGGAGGAGUUCAAGACUUCCUGUCUGAGAUCAGUGAAGAGGAUGUAGAGUUGCUUCGGCAGAGAGAGGAAGGCCUGCUGCAGAUCGAAGUAAGAACACAGACACCAGUCAUUGAUUGUACAGCAAAACAAAGCAUCAAGUUCAUAUCUUGA